UGCAUGCAAGUAUAGUUUUAGUCUCGACCCACCACAGACCGCGGAGAACAAUUUGCUGGGAUGUGGUCGACUCUAUUCGCGUGGUUACUGGUCACAGUUUCUCUUUGUAUUGCUUCUGAAGGUAGAUACUUACACGUCGUCAGAAGGCGCGGUGACUCCUCGCCCUUCGCUGCAGGUGACGUCGUGGACGUUGCCGGACCGGAGGAAAGCGAUCUGCUGCCAAACUUUGAAGAUGCUAGGAAGGAAAAAGACGACAGUGAUGCUGCCGUCAUACAGAAAGUGAAGAAUAAACACAGCAGCAGUCAUGUCCGGCCUCAUUCUGUUCCUGGUAAAGACCCCUCAACCAGCAGUCAGCAGAACCAUCCGGCCAAGCCAUCAGCUGGUGGUGCCACCAGAGAAACACAUCAAGGCAAGGAGGUUGAGAAGGCUCCUCUCAUUUUUGCCGAAACCAACAGGAACCGAGUCGGAUGGCUCAUGCCAGAUGAAUCUAUACCCGAGUGACCCCUCUUUAUUAUAGUUAUUAAUCAUCAUCAGCACUCUAGCUUUCCAGUAACGUUAUUCUUUAUGGCUGUGAUCAAUUUGGGAGAAUUCAUAGUGUUCAUAACAAUUAUUAUACUAGCCAAACGUAUAAUAAUUACAUAAUGUGAACAUUACAACAGAACAGUGCAGAAUUUGACAC